CAUUCCGUCGGUGUUCAAAUAACAAAAUGGCGUCAUUAUUAUUCGAAGGCGAGUUUAAAGAACUGAGUGAUAAACAGUGUCUGUUUAUUCGGGAUGUUCUGGAGAAACGAGGCUUUAUUAAUAAUAAAGUAACAUUUGCACCAGUUGGACUUGCAGGGGAUAAUUAUGCUAGCAAUGUCAAAAGAAUAACAGUCGAAGUGCCAGACGGUGAAAAUUUUCAAAUGAUUGCAAAAAUAGCAAACACUAUAGAAGAAAUAAGAGCCUUCAACAGUGCAGACUUAUUAUUCAAUAACGAGUCAACAAUGUAUGAAGAAGUAUUACCAAUGCUAAAAAAACUACAACAGGAUGCGGGUGUACCAGAUGAUGAAACAAUAACAUACGCUGAAUGUUAUGGGUGCAAUACGGAAGCACCGAACGAAGUAAUUUUAUUGGAAGAUUUAAAGCUACGUGACUUUUCAAUGUUGGACAAAUAUCAAUCCUUGCCAAACGAAGCUGUAAAGAUGAUACUUAAAAAUUUUGCUAUUUUACAUUCUUUGUCACAUGCGUUGAAAAAAUCCAACCCUCAAGUAUAUAACCAGUAUAGAAACAAACUUAGAGACUUAUGGAUUGAAACAUCUGACAGGCCUGAAUUUGUAAUGAUGUCAGAACAACUAGAAAAUAACGUAAUGUCCAUAUUUGAAGAAACUGAAGUAAAAUAUAAAAAUGCUUUAAAAGGAGCAAUAACAAACAUGUCAAUAAUGACAAAAAAAUUGACUAUUGCUGACGCUAAUAGUAAAUACUCUGUUAUCCAACAAGGCGAUUCUUGGACAAACAACAUAAUGUUUAAAUUACAGAAUAACGAAAUAACAGAGUGCAUUAUGAUAGAUUACCAACUAUCAAAAGAAUCUAAUCCAGUCUGCGAUAUCCUCUAUAUGAUUUUUAACUGUACUGAUCACGAGACCAGAUCUAAGCAUUUUUACGAAUGGAUUGACUAUUAUCACGAACAACUUGACACAGCAUUGCACUAUUUUGGAAUGAAAGCUAACUUUAUAUAUCCUAAGGAUCAAUUAGAUGCUGAUUUGAAAAGAUAUGCCAAGCAGUAUUUUGGGACAGCUAUUCUUGUUCUCAGUGUGAUAUUUAGAACAGCGGAAGAAGCUGUACAGAUCAAAGAUGCUAUGAAUGAUACUGAUCUCAAUAAAAUGGGAGAAACUAUGAGUGUUACAGGAUUAAGUGCAGAGACUGUUGCUUUUGCAAAAAACAGAAUAAUAGAUUUAGUCAAUACUUGCUUUGAAUUAGGAUUUAAAUGAGAAGUAUUUUUUAAACUAGUAUGAUAUAGAUAAUAACACACCACCACC